GGACACCAUGGUCGUGGAAGCUUUCAAUCUCGCUUUUGUACUUUCGGAUCGCCAUCCGAUUGCCAUCGAUUUGUUACUAUCGAUCAACAUCGUAAACCUUACAGGAUGAACGCUAUAGCGAAGCUGCCGAUCGACUCGAUGAUAACAUUCCCAGUAUAAUUUGUUCUCUCGAAGAACAUCUUCGAACCUAGAUUGAAGAUAUUCAUGAUGGUGGCACGUGUGUCAAUACGAAGUUGCACUGAACACUUGCACUGAUUGAUGAGGUGUACAGCUCUUCGGUUGGGACUUGCAUUCCUUAUGGCAGAUGGGCCAGCUGAUUUGGACUCUCGUUCACAAGAGUUAAGGUUCGUUGUUCACCUCGGGCAGCCUUUUAGCGCACUUUCACUAGCGCAGCAGCGGGGAGUACAAGAGGGUCGCUUCGGAUCACGCUAUCAUCGCACGGGUAAAGAACAUGGUUGCUGUUUAGGACAUGAUGGACGUUAGGAUGCUAGAGACAAUGUAGCCUCAUGCAUUUCGAUACCCGGGGAUCUGGGAUACCAUAAGUACUAGUGUAAGGAUUACCAAACGUUUACCGCCGGAAUAUGCCGAUACU